CUUCCUCUCGGCAUUUAAUCAAUCAGUAAAGAUCACUCGGGUGCUUGUAAUAUAUAAAUUAAUGAAACGCCAAUAUGGUCGAUGAUUCGCGAUCUGUCUUGAACAGAAACUAGUUCAUACAAUAUUUAAAAUGACAUUCAAAGUUACGUUCUCUGUGAUGCUCCUAGUCAACGUUGCAUUAGCGUUACAACCGAUGUUCGAGGGAUUCGAGCAAUACAGCGGUGCCGAGGCAGUCGAAUAUGAUAUACGAGUUAAGAAAAUUAAUCGCACAACGACGGCACUGACUGGAAAAAUCAUCAUAAAAAAAGAAUUGGGUACAGAUUUUAAGUUUACCAUGCGCUUCUUUCAUAGUGCAUUGGGGAAUCAACAGUUCGUUCACUACCCAAUGAAAAUUCCCGAGUCCGAUGUGUGCUUUUUUACCAAGUAUAUAUAUCCUGAUUACGAAAAGUACUUUGUGGAUUACUAUACCAACUUGAUAAACGCCGGUGAUUGCCCGGUAACGCCGAGGGUGAUCGAGGUGAACAAUCACGUCCUCGAUAAGAAAAUGUUUCCCAGAUAUUUACCGGCAGGUUUUUGGAAGGCUAUCCUGUACGGACAGGGUCCCGGAGACAAUGUAAGCUUCUCGAUAACGGCGAACGCCCGCGGGGACAAUUACUAUGGAGGAUGACUUGUUGACCGCGUUGGAAUCAUCGUCACAAUGGGAAUCUGGAUUCGAUUCGGUUCCCCACGGGGUAGCUUUAAGUUCAUAGGUGUACAAUUUUUGUUUUCCAAACAUCCACAGUUGUAGAAAGGUGGGUCGAAAUAGUUUGUGUUACCAAAAACACAUUUUGAUUUAAGGAUAACCCUCAGUUUUUCUGGAAAGAAAAGUUACGCAAAAGUGUGUGUAGAUAGAAAAUGCUGUUUGUUCCUAUUUCUGUCAUCUCUUUAUGCCAAUUUUAUCACUGAGUAAGAAUGUCAUUUUUGGUGUUAGAUUCGAGCUAUGAGUGUAGAGUGUUUCAUUUAACGAUUGCAAAUCUCUUUAGAUUAAAGUACAAUAAAUAGCUUUUAAUUUGACUAUCCUACUCACUUUUCUAUGUCAAGCCAAUUGAGAGAUAACGCCGAUUGUUUACAAUCGAAUUUUGCUUUGUUCGUAAUUCAUAACGCGUAAGAGGGGCUAUAAGAAAUAAAAAUCCAUAAGUGUGUCAUGUUCCUCGACUAGGUGUUUUGAUUUUGCGCUAGCUAAAUUUUACCGAUGAAUGAAUGAGUGAAUUAAUGAAUGGCUGAUACCCUUCGAAGGCACGUUUUCCUAGCAAAUAAUUUUUCACAAUCGAAUUCGUUGUUUACAUUUGACACAGUAC